AUGUUUCUAGGAAAGUAUCACGGUCAGAAGAAGGUGAGGUCAUUGACGGGACCGCCCACAACCCCAAGAACACCAACACCGGCGAGUACCUCAAGACCGCCAUCAACAACAGUGGCUCCGCUGGUGGCCUCAACAACGUCACCAAGGGUGACUACACCUGUGGCCUCAAGAUCUUCAGCAAGGGUGGCUUCCUCCACCGCAUUAAGAACGUCAGCAAUGGCAGCUCAGCCCGCGGGCUCAAGAAUACCAGCAACAUCCGUUCAACCCGCCACCUCAAGAACGACAACAACAACAAAUCCACACGUGACCACAAGAACGUCAACAACAACAAAUCGGUACGUGACCUCAAUGACAACAGCAUCAAAUACACAUGCAACCUCAAGAACGCCAACAACGGCAAAUAUAUAUGCGACCUCAAGAACAUCAGCAGCAUCAGCGACGGUGGCUCCUUCUGCGACCUCAAGAAUGUCAACAAGAGCAACUCGGUCCGCGACCACACGAACGUCAACGGGAGCAACGAUGGCGUCAAACCGGUCGACGACACUGCAGCCAGGUGCGUCGACCUCAAGAACGGCUAGGACGACGGCCCCGCCCUUGUCUGCGAUGACAAGUCGUAGUCGUGCCGCUCCCACACGUCCAACCGCUUCUAGCACACGCCGGUGA